AAACAUGAAUAGUUUGUAUUCAAUAUACAGUUUGUGUGAAGCGUUUGGAAGUGUGUGAGAGAUGUGCAGUAAAUGCAGUCAAGAGUAUUGUGUAUUUGGUUUGCAUUGAGAGUGCAUUCAAUACAUUCAAGCAUUAAAUAACAUCACAUCUGAUGCCAAGAGAUCUCAAUAUAUAACAGGAGUUGUGUUCAAGCAAUCAAUUCGUUAACUAUUAUUAUAAUCAAUGGAUUUAAUCGCUGUUUAAACACUCAAAUACACCACUCAUUCAUUUACUAUACAUUAUAUGUGUUUUCUCUCUAACUAUUGAUUCAUAUAUUUAUUUAUUUAUUAUUCAUUGAAAGCAUAUAUUCAUCGAAAGUGUUAGUGUUUUGUAGUGUUGUAUCACUUCUUAAUUCAUCCAUUGAUUAACUGAUUCAUCGGUUGAUUGUUAACACAUAUAAGCGGCUGUUAGUGUGGACCAAAUCAGUGGUGUUUCGCCCGUUUGGCCGCAAACUCGACGCCUGAAGAAAGCCAUUCCAGUUGUCCCGUCGGAAGACAACCCCCUUUUUGCUGUGAGACGAGCGGUCAGACCAACCACUGACCGAUCUAUCGAUGAGUUCAAUGGCCGCACACUCGGGUCAGACGCUGAACGAUCGGCUGAACGCCGCCCGCUAUGCGUUGGCCGGACAGGGAUUGGCUCGAGUGGUCUGUAAGGCGACCACCGAAGAGGUGAGCGGACCCAAGAAGAAGCACUUGGACUACCUGUUACAGUGCACUCACGAGCCCAACGUAUCGAUACCCCAAUUGGCCAAUCUAUUGAUUGAACGCACGAACCACUCGUCGUGGGUCGUGGUGUUCAAAGCGCUGGUCACUGUCCACCACCUCAUGUGCUACGGGAACGAGCGGUUCACGCAAUACUUGGCCUCCAGUAACUGCACGUUUCAAUUGAGUAACUUUCUCGACAAGACUGGUGUCAAGGGCUAUGAAAUGUCCACUUUUAUCAGACGAUACGCUAAGUAUCUCAACGAAAAGGCCUUCUCCUACCGAACCGUCGCUUUCGACUUCACCAAAGUUAAGAGAGGGAAAGAGGACGGAUCGUUGCGUACUAUGAAUACCGAUAAAUUGAUUAAAACGGUUCCCACUCUUCAAUCACAAGUCGACACAUUGCUUGAGUUUGACUGCAAUGCCAACGAUCUAACCAAUGGCGUCAUAAACGCCGGCUUUAUGUUACUCUUCAGAGAUCUGAUCCGUCUGUUUGCCUGUUAUAACGACGCGAUUAUUAACUGUUUGGAGAAAUUUUUUGAUAUGAAUAAAAAGCAGGCCCGGGAGGCACUCGACAUAUAUAAAAAGUUUUUGAUCCGAAUGGACAAAGUGUGUGAGUUCUUGAAGGUGGCCGAGAAUGUGGGCAUCGAUAAGGGAGAGAUUCCCGAUCUGACCAAAGCCCCGAGUUCUCUAUUGGAUGCUCUCGAACAACACUUAGCACAACUCGAAGGCAAGAAAGGACAGUCAGCUUCAAAUACAUCUCAACCAACAAAUGGCACGUCUUCUUCUAACGGCGCGAUUGCCAGCGAUUCCUUCAACGGCGCCGUCAAAGAAGACACUUUGAAUGUGGGCAUCGAUAAGGGAGAGAUUCCCGAUCUGACCAAAGCCCCGAGUUCUCUAUUGGAUGCUCUCGAACAACACUUAGCACAACUCGAAGGCAAGAAAGGACAGUCAGCUUCAAAUACAUCUCAACCAACAAAUGGCACGUCUUCUUCUAACGGCGCGAUUGCCAGCGAUUCCUUCAACGGCGCCGUCAAAGAAGACACUUCCGUCAAGAAGGCUCUCGAAGAAGAGGAACAAAUGCUUAACAGAUUAAAAGAGAGGCAUUUGCAGGAUAAAGAUGGGGACAAAAAGGCAAACAAUCCGUUCUUAUCGAUGUCGCCAACGGCUGAGUCGAAGACGUCUCCGACUUCGGAGAGCAAAAGUCAGGGAUUAUUAGAUUUUUUCACUGAUUCUGAAACGAGUAUUAGUACUAAGAGUGUGAACACCAAUUCAGGCAAAGCGAGUGACGACCUAUUAUUCCUGUCGAACGCCAACCCAUUCGCCGAUAUAUUAAACGCUGCCAUAUCUAACGCACCGCCGCCACAGGCGUACCCCUCGAUGGCGCCCACUAUGGCUCAGCCAACAAUGGUUCCACUCAUUCAGAACCAACCAUUCAAUGGGAUGCCAACGAACGGCAAUAACAUGUUCGCGUCGGAGGACGGAUUCGCAGCCGCAUUCGGUAAAAGGGACACAACCUCUGCCUCAGAUCAUAGAACGGAUACAAUUACCAUCACUUCGGCUGAUGAUCCAAAUCUCUCCACUUCUCCGUCGCCCACUCAAGACAUUAUAAGAGGGGCGGGAACUACGCCUAUACUUCCAAUACCCGAUCACGGCUUUGGUGAAGACAGUGGUAUCGAUGAAAGCAAUACUUCCCGCGGCAAUAGCCCGUUACCGGCGUCGGCCAUAUCAGCGCCACCGCCUUCUGGAGAGAACAGUCCUUUUGCGCAAUCUUUUGAGGCCAACUCGGCUUCCUUUGCGGCCACAUUCGGAGAGACCUCCGACGGCGCCGUAAAGACAGCGCCUUUACGGCCUCAGCCGCCAUCACAACAUGACAUGGGUAUGGCCUCAGGGGCUGCUCCCGUUCGACCCCCUCCUCCUUCGGGCGCCAAUAUAGAGCACGGCUUUGAAAUGAGCGCAGAAUUUGGCGAUGAGUCAACCGGUUUUGCACCGGCUAUGGGCGGCGGCCCUAUCAUUGGAAACAUACCAUUCGCCGCAUUUGAUGCCAAUCAGCAGCAGUACAUUAUUCAACAACAGCUACUAUUUCAACAGCAACAGAGGGCUAUGUCUUCGCCUCAAAUGCAGCAAAAACCGGCUAAAAAGGCGUCCGCUUUCGAGGAUUUAGAUUUUGCGAUGAGAGAGACAAUGAGUAAACCCCAGAAACCAGUGGGCGCUCAACCACAACAACAGUCUACUUCGCCUCCGAGUGCAGUCCCGCCCGGAUUAGUCUACGUUCCUCCGGGAACUGUUCCGCCAGCGGGCUAUAUAGUGAUGCCCGGAAUGCCGUCUUAUGGAAUAGCAACCGGUGCUGCAGGUUUCGAUGCAUUCGGAGAUGUAUUACAGCCGCAAAAUAUGAUGGCCAACAAAAUGGGACAAACUGUACAAACGGGACCACAAAUGGCGCCCAUUGUUACCCCAAAUACAGCUGUAAAUGCAAAUCAAAGUUUAUUUAAAGGUGAUUUAGAUUCCAGUCUCGCGAGUUUGGCCCAAAAUCUUGAUAUUAAUGGACCGAAAGGAUCGUUCAAAAAACCUGGUCAGCAGUUUUCCAGCCCUAAAAACACAAUAAAAACUGGCGCUCCUAUACAGCCGCAGACACAACAAAUGGCAUGGAAUGCUGGCCAACAAAUGGGCGCCUGGAAUGCUGGCGGUAUGCCUAUUGCCGCACAACCCGGUGCUGUUCCCGCCGGUGGUCAAUGGCCCGCUGCUGCUGGUGUACAACCAAUGAACGCUAUGGCCUAUGGAGUUCAGAUGAGGCCGGGAAUGGUAUCAGGAAUGCCGCCGGUGGGCGCUGGCCUUCCCGGUGCGAUACAAGUGUUACCAAAUACGACGGGACAGCGACCGGUCAACCCUGGAGUAGCGAACACACAGUCCGAUCCGUUCGGUGCCCUCUAAAUACGUGGCGAAAGUUUAUUAAAAUCUAAGUUAAUAUAAAAUCAUAACGUAUUUGAAGAUAAAAUGAGUUAUUGUUUUAUUUAUAGACUUUUUCGUGUAAAUUGUCAUUAUUUUUAGAAAUUUAUUUUUUAAACCCCUUUCGAAAUGGGAUUACAUGUCUGUUUCCAUAUCAGUGCGGAUUUGCAAUUGUUUUUACGUUAUUUCACUGAUUAUUAAUAGACGAAAACCAUUAAAGAAAAGUUGUUUUUAUUUUACGCCAAAUUAAAUCUAGUGUUAAAUGAUUUUUGAAACGAUUUUUUGAAUAUUGAUUUAGUUGUUGAGUAAACGCAAAGAACCAAUCAAUACAUGUUUUGUUAAUUUUUAAAAUCUAGUAAUUAUUAUUAAUUUAACGAAAAUUCCCCUCAUUUUUGCCUUAAAUCUCAUUUGAAAGAACUUUAUUUAAUAUUUGUUUUUAAUUGCAAAUUGUGAAACAUUAUAUCCAACCAAUGGAUUGAUUAGAUAAACACAUUAAAUAUAUAAAAAUAAUACCAAUAAUAAUGACUAUAAGAAUAUAAGCUUUUAUUUUAAGAGAGGAAACCAAUCCAUGUUUAUGAAGAAUAUAUCGAAAAUAUAUGAAUCAAUCAAAUAAUAAAACUAUUCCUUAAUUUUAAAUAUCGAUUAUAAUCGCAAACCAAUACCUUUAUGAUGAAAACAAUACAUUCCACACAAACUAAAGCAUAAUUU